AUGGAAUCUUAUGUUAACAAAAUUAAAUUACCAAAUUCCAAAAGAUGGAUAAGUGGUAAUAAAAAUAUUGACGAAUUUAUACAAAGCACUCAUCAAAAGGAUAGAAAACCUAUAUUAUGGGUCCCAUAUAAAGAUUUUUCAGAUAUCAAACGUAUUGGUGAUGGAGGAUUUUCUACGUGCCUGCAGCAGAAAAAAAUAGCUACUGUUAGCAAUGAAGAUGCGUCUGCGACAGAGGAAGACUGUCGGAAGCCAGUAAUGGCAAGUCAUCGUGUAGAGUUGGCCGGGAGACUGUCGGAAGCCAGUAAUGGCAAGUCAUCGUGUAGGGGUGGCCGGCCUUAUUUUGAAGAUUAA